AUCAUUAAUAAGAGGAUGGAUGUCAGCGGUGGUGGCAGCAGGUGGGUCGUAUCUAUGAGAGAAUAUCACCCAGGAACACACGCAGGCGAACAGUGUCUGGAGACAGUACUAGAUGAUGAAGGUAAUGCAAUACAUGGUACUGCUGGUGACAGCGGCUGUAAUGAUAGACCUGAUAGCAGCAGCAGCAACAACAGCAGAAGUAGAAGCAACAAUAACAACAACAGCAGUAGAAGUAGUAGUAGCGGAAGAAGGAGAAGCAGCAGCAGAUGCGGUGGCAAAAGCCGGAGGAGGUUGGAGAAGGCUCCCAGUAUUCGAGGAUCAAGUGUUGAAGAAGUUCCCGAAUAGGGGGAUGGGGAGACUGCUCGUGCAGGUUGAUGAAGAGGACAAGACACCUGGGUUUCCAGUCCCAGUGAUCAGAGAUCUACUGACGACGAGGAAGGACAACCAUCAUCAAGAAGCAAGGAGACUCCUGUCGUUGCAGAGGACGACAGAAGGCCUGUGUGUCCCAGCGGAGGACAUCUGGCCGUGUGAGUGCUCUGACAACUCGGGCAGCGUAGUGAUCACCUGCAUUGGAGUGGCCAGCGCCGCCAUGAUCGAUCGG